AUGCGAGCCCUGCCGAGUACGGAAUGCAAUCGAGCGUUCCCAUGCGAUACCUGCGUGAGGAGGGGCAAAGAGUCCGUCUGCCAGUACGCGCCCAACGCCGACAGGAAUGACAGGCGUCCAAGGGACUCUAUCAGCGAGCGCCUCAGGCACCUGGAGAGUCUCAUCUCCUCUCUGGCACAGAAAGGCGUCGACAUCAAUGCCCUCACGCCCUCUAGCACGUUCGCGGCCUCAACGAAUGGCCAAAAUGCUUCAGGCAGAGCAGGAGUGGCUGGAACACAAUGCACUCCUAUCUACGACUCGGGGAUUCCCAGUGAAGAUCGAGCAGAACUCACUGGUGGCACGCAGCUCCAUGGUAUUCAGGCGAGCUAUGUUGACUCUAAUCAUUGGUCAUCUAUCCUCGAGGACAUCAGGGGCAUCAGAGAACAACUCACCUCAGGUGCCAUCAUCGAGCCGGGUCAGGCGGUAGAGCAAGCAACGCCAAGUACUGAUGGGAUAGGGUCUGAGCCUGAGAUGGACAGCCAUGAUCUCGUCUUCGGAGUAUUCGAGCCUUCGACUAUGGAUCAUAUUAUCAAGGCGAUGCCCGCGAGACACAUCUGUGAUAGUCUUGUGUCUCAGUACUUCCAGUCGCGGUUCACAAUCUUGCCUAUCCUUCACCCUGUAAAGUUCCAACAAGAAUACGAAGAGUUUUGGCAAAAUCCACAAAAGACCUCGCCCGUCUGGGUGGCUCUCCUCUUCUCAGUUCUAAGCCUGGGUUCGAGCCUAUACGACGUGUCGACAUUUGGAAGGGGCGUACAGCACAACAUGCCCUCGCCUAUCGCCCUCUCAAAGCGAACUGAGCAAUGUCUCGUGCUCGGCCGCUACGCCCGUUCUGAGAGACAUGCCGUCGAGACCCUGAUGAUCCAUGUGCAGAGCUGCUUCACGCGGGCCAAGGACUCGGACGUCAAUCUGUGGAUGCUCAUGGGCGUCGUGAUUCGCCUCGCGAUACGUCUAGGCUACCACCGUGACCCAUCCAGGUUUGGCAGCCCUUCAUCCGGCUCGGGUGGGCAGCCACUGUCUCCCUUCGACGGCGAGAUGCGUCGUCGAGUGUGGGUCAGCAUCUUCCAGAUCGACGCGCUCAUGUCCUUCCAGAUGGGGCUGCCGAGCAUGAUUCCCGCCGAUAAUUGCGAUGCGGAGCUUCCUAGGAACUUGGAGUACUCCGACUUCUACCCCGGGGUGGCGACUUUGCCUCCUUCCCGGCCGCUAUCGGAUUACACGCCUAUCUUGUACACGAUCGCCAAGCAAUCCGUCAUGUUGUUGUUUAAGACAGUUGUUAACCACACCCGGUCUCUUAUCCCGCCUCCAUAUGAGAAGACACUAGCUCUCGACGCGAAGCUUCGAGAAACCUACCAGGCUCUACCCGAGUGCAUAAAAUACAAGCCGCUGAGGCAGUCAGUGGUAGACAGCCCCGGGCUCAUCAUGAACAGAGCGACGAUCGAGAUUCUCUACCUGAAGAGCAUCAUCGUCCUCCACCGCAAGUACGUCACCUCGCACCGUCGGGAUCCCGUCUACGGCCCGUCUCGGCGCGCGUGUCUCGAGGCGGCGCUGUGCAUCUGCGCCCGACAGGCAGAAGCCAUGCAGCCGGCCGGGAGACUCUACGAGGACAGGUGGUUCGUUUCUGCCCUCACCGCGAAUGACUUCAUUCUCGCGGCUAUGGUCAUAUGCCUCGAGCUCACGAUCAGAACCCAAUACCCAGCCCUCGAGACGGCGUCCUCUGGAUCCUCUGGAUCUAGGGACGGAGAUGAUCUGGUGACGUAUUUCGCGGCUAUGCAGGUGGCGCGCGAGAUAUGGGACGAGGCAACUCCUUACUCCGCUGAAGCUCGCGUUGCUGCACAUGCCAUCAGCUCUACAAUCGAGAGGGUGACCAGAUACAUGAGCACGACGCUUGGCGCUGGCGACAUACCGCCUUCCAGUGCCGAUAUGCCUAUGGUAGAAGAGUCGUUUUCUCCGACUUUAGACGGGAUGGAAUUCCUCGAUUGGGGUCCUCUUGAUAGUCACUUCCAGGAUUCGAUCGGAGAGGAUAUCGACCUGAACUCUUGGAUCUUGGAUGCCGCUGCAUCGGGUCCGCUGGGUCUUUUGUGA